AUGUCGCAAAUGGCCUGGGGGCAGCGAUUAGCUGUUCUGGCUGGCCAUCUGGCGGGCAGCAGCGAUCAGGAUGCCCCGGCGCUCCAGUGUCAGCACGUCUCGUCCUCGCUGGCUGGCAGCAGCGGCAUCUUGGUGAGCGCGGAGGUGGCGGCGGCGCUGGCGGCGGGGCGCCCCGUGGUGGCGCUCGAGAGCACCAUCAUCAGCCACGGCAUGCCCUUCCCCCAGAACCUGGACACGGCCCGCCAGGUGGAGGCCGUGGUGCGCGCGCACGGUGCCGUGCCCGCUACCAUCGCCGUGCUGCGGGGUGUGCCCCAUGUGGGCCUCACCGCGGCGCAGCUGGAGCGGCUGGCGCGGGCGGGCUCGGCGGUGCGCAAGGUGUCGCGCCGUGACCUGCCGCUGGUGAUGGCGCUGCACUUGGACGGCGCCACCACCGUGUCAGCCACCAUGCUGCUGGCGGCGCGGGCGGGCAUCGCGGUGUUCGUGACGGGAGGCAUCGGCGGCGUGCACCGCGGCGGCGAGCGCAGCCUGGACAUCUCUGCCGAUCUCACCGAGCUGGGGCGCACGCCGGUGGCGGUGGUGUGCGCCGGGGCCAAGUCUGUGCUGGACAUCCCUCGCACCCUGGAAUUCCUAGAGACGCAGGGCGUGUGCGUGGCGGCCUACGGCGCCGACGAAUUCCCCGCAUUCUUCACUCGGCGCAGCGGCUGCAAAGCGCCCUGCCGAGUGGACACGCCCCAGCAGGCGGCGGCCAUGAUUGCGGCCGCAAAGCGGCUGGCUCUGGGCGGCGGCAUGGUGCUGGGCGUGCCCAUCCCGGAGCGCCACAUGGCAACGGGGGCGACGGUGGAGCGUGCCACAGAGCAGGCGCUGCAGGAGGCGGAGGAGCAGGGCAUUCAGGGCAAUGAGGUGACCCCCUUUUUGCUGCACCGCAUCAAGGAGCGGACUGGCGGCACGUCUCUGGAGGCAAACAUAGCGCUGGUCAAGAACAAUGCGGCGGUGGGGGCACAGAUUGCGGCGGCGCUGGUGGGCAUGGUGUGA